GCCAUUUCAAAAUACGGAAGUACGUAUUUAUCAGCAUGGAAAGGCCCAUGAGGAUGAGAUAUCUUUACAGGUGAUGAACUGUAACCCUGUGUCUGUCAACUUUUGGAUUUGUUAAGAUUUGGAUUACAAUAUUUCUACUGACCAACGCACAUUGACUGUCCACCAACAUGCUGAGUGAGGUAGAGGCAAAAGAGCUGCUGUCCUUCCUCACGGUGGACACCAGGCCAGACGUCAAGGGCCAUGCUACUGAGUACAUCCUGGGCCUCUCUGGCAACAGGGACGGCUGUCGCUACCUACAGACAAAACCUGACUUCCUUAAGGCCUUGGUGACCCUCACCACUGACCCCUCCAUCGCUAUCGUCAAAGACUGUUACCACUCUCUCAUCAACCUCUCGGCUGACGAGACCAUGCACCAACCGCUGGUCAAAGACUCUGACUUCCUCCCUAUGUUGUUUAAAAACCUCCUUGACCCAGAAUUUAUGUUUGCGGACCGUAUCUGUACGAUCCUCACUAACCUGUCGCGGCACGUGAAGACGUGUAAAGAGGUGUUUAAGGCUAUGCAGGAGCAGGAGAUGGGUUUGGCACAGAUAGUGGAGAUCUUCUGCACUGAGGGCUACAACAAGCAGGCGUCGCUCCAUUACCUGGGCCCCCUCCUCUCCAACCUCACACAGCUGCCCGAGACCAGACACUUUAUCCUGGAUAAGGAGAGGUGUGUAGUGCAGAGACUCCUUCCCUACACCCAAUACGAGGCCUCAACAAUCAGACGAGGGGGAGUCAUUGGCACUCUGAGAAAUUGUUGCUUUGAUCAUGCUCAUCAUGAGUGGUUGCUGAGUGAUGCGGUGGACAUUCUGCCUUUCCUGUUGCUGCCUCUCGCUGGGCCUGAGGAACUGUCUGACGAGGAGAAUGAAGGGUUACCCGUCGAUCUCCAGUACUUACCAGAGGACAAGAAAAGAGAGGAGGAUCCCGACAUUCGCAAGAUGCUCAUUGAGACUAUGAUACUGCUGACAGCUACCAAAGUGGGUCGGCAGAUUCUGAAGGCCAAGAACGUCUACGCCAUCAUGAGGGAGUUCCACAACUGGGAAAAGGAACCUCACGUGGCUGCUGCUUGUGAGAAGCUUAUACAGGUGCUGAUCGGGGACGAGCCAGAGCCAGGCAUGGAGAACCUGUUGGAGGUGGAGAUUCCUGAGGACGUGGAGGUGAAGCUCAAAGACAUGGAUGCCAAGGAGCAGGAGCAGUUGGAGAAGGACCAGGAAGAUCUGUUAAAUCCAGAUAAGCCCCAGCAGUGUGCUGGCAUAGUGAGGAUGAUGUAGCAAGGAGGUCUUUUCUACAUUUAAACUGAUCAACUGUCUGAUGAACAAUAGAACCAAACCAACUGCUAACUGGAAUUAACAGAAAAUUCUUGCCAUCACAACAACAAACUGCAUGAAAUCAGGACUCUGAAGGACUGUGUACAAUCUGAAACCAGUUGUAUUUUCACACCAUGUAAUUUCACACCACAAAGUCUUAACUCGAUUAAAAUAAUGUAAUUUUA